AUGCUGGGCGCGGUGAAGAUGGAAGGACACGAGGCUCCGGACUGGAGCGGAUUCUACAGCGAGGAGGUGUACUCUCCAAUGGCAGGUGGUGGAAUGGGUUCUGGCCUCGGAAUGGGCUCCAUGUCGGGCUACAUGUCCAGCAGUGGAACCACAUCGGGCUCCUUCAACAUGUCGUACAGCGGGACUGGUUUGAGUCCUGCCCCAGUGGCGGGGAUGGGCGGUUCGGCUCCUGCAGCCAUGUCGGGUCUGGGAGGGGGUGUGGGCUCGAUGGGUGGAACCCUGAGCCCAUCCAGUAUGAGCUCGCAGCAAGCCUCAAUGGGCCUAAAUCCAUACGGGGGCAUGAGUCCCACAAUGAGCACUGGCAUGGCGUAUAGCAGUACUGGACUGAACCGUGGCCGUGACAAUAAGGCCUUCAGACGGAGCUACCCACAUGCCAAACCACCCUACUCAUACAUCUCACUCAUCACUAUGGCCAUCCAGCAGGCGCCCAGUAAGAUGCUGACUCUGAGUGAGAUCUACCAGUGGAUCAUGGACCUGUUCCCAUACUACCGUCAGAACCAACAGCGAUGGCAGAACUCCAUCCGGCACUCACUGUCCUUCAACGACUGCUUCGUUAAGGUGUCGCGCUCGCCUGACAAACCGGGGAAGGGCUCGUACUGGACCCUCCACCCAGACUCUGGGAACAUGUUUGAGAAUGGCUGCUACCUUCGCCGCCAGAAGAGGUUCAAGUGCGAGAAGAAGAUAUCUGCAAAAUCAGAUGGGCGAAAGGAGCAGGGGGGGGUGGGGGGUGGUAUAGAACAAGCUUCUCCUGCAGGGGACUCCAUUAAACCUCCUGGACUCCUGGACUCCUCCCUGCCCUCCUCCAGCCAGGUGACUUCGCCUCCAGGUCUGGACAUGCGGGGUGGCAUCAGCGGAGCAGACCUGAAGGUGACUGGCUCUCAGCUCCUGUCCUCCCUGUCAUUGCCCCCCCACUCCAUGACCCAUGAGUCCCAGCUGCACCUCAAAGGAGACCCCCACUACUCAUUCAACCACCCGUUCUCCAUCAACAACUUAAUGUCGUCCUCAGAGCAGCAGCACAAACUGGAUCUGAAAGCCUAUGAGGCGCUGCAGUACUCCUCCUAUGGUGCUGGGGGGGCAUCUGGCCUCGGGGGGAGGACCAUGGAACCUCUGGAGGCUUCUUACUACCAGGGGGUCUAUCCCAGACCGCUCCUCAACACUUCAUAG